UAUUCUCGUCUACUUUCGAGGCGAGCCGCAGCUCGUCUCAAACAAGCCUAAUAAUCGCAGAGAAUGCGUCUCAGGUUUCAAGAUAUUUUUAUAACAGUGGGUUAGUCAUUGGAAAUACAAAUAUUGCAUCUUAGGCUAUAAACGUACAUUAAAUAUCAAAUAAAGUAAUAUUUCAAUGUUCUUUUCCAAAGUGAUUUUAAUGGUUAUAGAAGACAUUCUAUUUCGCAAAAUCAAGUGCAUUAGGGUUAGGGUUAGUUAUUAUGUAUUCACAUUAUUGGCAAAGUUGUGCUUUAUUUACCUUUGCAAAAAGUCAGAUACAAUAAUAAUCUUAUGUAACUUGUUUUGAUGUCUAGCUCUUCAAACAUAUUGUAACAAACAGCACUAUGUGUCCCUAUACUUUCUAAAAAUAAAAACUCGUAAUAACACAAAAAGAACACAUUAGAAAUAACGAAUACUGGAAGGAGAAGAAUGUAAUUUGCUUUAGUAAAAUUAGGAAUUAUUUACAAAUGUUCACGGUAUUGGCGGAAGAAAGCCUGUGUUUUAUUUUGAAGGGUGGGUUUCCCAGGUUUCCGGUUUUAGUAUUACUUUAUGCAACGGACCUACAGGACAGACUGUUAUCAAACUGAGUCCUGCGGUUGUCAUAGUCAGAUCACGUGUGGACAGAUGAGGGGAAGCUGCUGACAGCAUCAUUUUCAAUGGGAGCAGCACACUGAAAGGUCUUCAGUGUAGAACCUCAGACAUUUCCCAUCAUGCAACUGGAGGCUAAGCUGCGUCUAUGUCAGAGUUGUCUUUGGUGCUACAAGAGCGGGCUGCGUCUGCUCUCCCAGAGCUAUGCUCACAGAAAAGCUGUGAACUACUACGAUCUACUCGACGUCAAAUCUGAUGCCUCCUUGGAGGAAAUAAAAAAUGCAUUUUUCAACAAAUCUAAAAAGCUUCACCCAGACAGCGACCUCUCCAACCCGGCGCUGCACGGCCAGUUUGUGGAGCUGAACGAAGCGUACCGAGUGCUGAGCAAAGGGCUGAGCAGGAAGGAGUAUGACAUCAAAAUCAGGCAUCCGUACAGUGGAGGCCAGGUCUUCAGAUCCACCGCCAGCUACACCAGCUACAGAGCCAGUGCGGAACACCAGGAUAACUCUCAUUACUGGAACCAGUUCCGUCAGGCUCGAGCACAGGAGACGCCGGGAGAGGAGUGGCAGAAGAAGAGGAGGAGGAACUUCCAGCUGGUGGGAUACUGCUUCCUCACCAUGCUGCUCGGCAUCGGAGUCCACCUGAUCUUCUUCAGGAAACUGGAACAAAUUCACAAAAUCUUCAUGGACGAGAAAGAUCGAGUCAUCAACAACAUUUACAAUGAAUCCAAAGAGAGGGCCAAGGUCAACGGAUUCAAAAAACAGUCUGAAAUCCUGCGACAGAGACAUGCUGAGUUUCUGGAGAAAUACAAAAUCAGUAAAGGUGGAGAGGACAAGUAGGAGAGUCUCCAGCGGUGCUCUGUGAUGAUGAUGAUGAUGAUGAUGAUGAUGAUGAUGCCAGCAGGUGGUAGGCAGCGGCAGACUGGAUGUUGUGCUUCUUUUAGGAUUUUUUAAUUGUUUCUCUGUGUUUGUCCUCAGUUGUGAUGCUGAGGGCUUGAAGAGACACAGAGCAUGGGGUGUGAUGUGGGAGAGUUUAAUCUGGUCAUUCAGGUGUUUUUUUUUUUUACCCCGAGGCUGAGCUGCACAUCGGACUGGAACGGCCCGUUGAACAUGUUAUACCUAGGUCAGUAAACAGGACCCAGUCUGUACACAAACCUCUCAUGUUUGUCCAAAGGAGCUCUAAUGUACACUGAAUGAACUCUCAGAAACAUGGUAUUUA